UGUGUGUCAAUCUGAGUGCUUCUUUUACUUUUAUCAAAUGAGAGUAUACAUUUUUCUCUGUUUGAUGUGCUGGGCAAGAGCUGAGACUAAAAGACCAUGUCUUGAGUUCACUCAGUUAAGUGUAAAGGAUUCCUUUACAGAUUUGUUUAGUCCUAGAAUGGAGAUAGUUCUGAUGCUGUAUACAAGAAACAACCUAAAUUGUGCUGAGCCACUAUUUGAGCAAGAUAACUCACUUAAUGUUCUUUUCAACAUAAAAAAGAAAACAGCAUGGCUUAUUCAUGGCUAUAGACCAACAGGCUCUACUCCAUCAUGGAUUCAGAACCUUCUAAGGCUUUUGUUGAAUGAAGAAGACAUGAAUAUAAUUGUAGUAGACUGGAACCGAGGUGCUACAACUUUAAUUUACAAUAGAGCAGUUAAAAAUACCAGAAAAGUUGCUAUAAUUUUGAGUGGGUAUAUUCGCAAACUUUUGAAGCAUGGAGCAUCUCUUGACACUUUUCAUUUCAUAGGUGUGAGCUUAGGGGCUCAUAUUAGUGGAUUUGUUGGAAAGAUAUUUCAAGGUCAACUCGGAAGAAUAACAGGUCUUGAUCCUGCUGGACCAAAAUUUUCUGGAAAACCAUCAUAUGACAGAUUAGAUUACACUGAUGCAGAGUUUGUAGAUGUCAUCCAUUCUGAUAUCAAUGGUUUAGGCAUUAAAGAGCCCUUGGGACAUAUAGAUUUUUAUCCUAAUGGAGGAAAAAAUCAACCUGGCUGUCCUAAAUCAGUUUUUUCAGGGAUUGAAUUUUUUAAAUGCGACCACCAGAGAGCAGUUUACUUGUUCAUUGCAUCAUUGGAAACACACUGCAAUUUUAUUUCCUUCCCUUGUCCUUCAUACAACGAUUACAAGACUGGUUUAUGUGUGGACUGUGACGACUUUAAGAAACUAUCAUGUCCUAGACUAGGUUAUAAUGUUGAUCUAUGGAAAGAUAUUUUCAAAGAAAGAAUGGAAAGACGAUCUCUUAGGACCACUGUGUUUUUGGAUACCACUGGCACAAAUCCAUUCUGUACCUACUAUUUUGUUCUUAAUAUACCCGUUCUGGAUCAAACAAUGAAGGAUGGCUAUAUUACAUUUAAAUUAGUAAAUGAGCUUGGGAUCAUUGUAGAACCAAGGAUUUAUGCGGAGAGUGGAUCACUUUAUAAAGAUCAAGAAGUCAAUAUUCUUGCUCAAUUUUAUAAUGAUGUUGCAAAUAUUUCAAGCAUCAGUUUGAUGUAUUUCCGGAGCUCAAAUCUGCAAUGUCCCACAUGUGAAUACAGGAUUCAGCGUCUCAUGUUAAAAUCACUUACAUAUCCAGAAAGACCACCACUUUGCAGGUAUAAUUUUGUACUUAAAGAAAGUGAAGAAGUAUUUCUCAAUCUAAGCAUAUGCACAUCAAAGGAGAUAUAA